GAAGCAGAAACGUGUAAACGCUAUAAAACGCGGUGGCGCGGCGGGCAGCUCAGAGCGUGCGGCGAGACGGAGCCCUCCUCUUCAUCCUCCUCCUCCUCACCCUCUGCCGCCGCCCCGGCAGCCGCGCAGCGGAGCAGGGCGCACUCGCCCAGCACCGCUCCGCUCCGCGCCCGCCCAGCCAGACCCACCGACGGACUCGCGGCUCCGUGGCGGCCAUGGAGCACCGCGGCGCCUCCCCGCUCCUCCUCGCCCUCGCCCUCCUCAGCGCGCUCUGCUGGCGGGCGCGGGCGCUGCCCCCGCGGGCCGCCGCCUUCCCUCCCGUCCCGCGAUUGGGAAACAGAAUGCCAUUUGAUGGAGCCAGUGAACCUGACCAUGCCCGUGGGUCAUUAAAGUCAGAAUCAGAUAUUUUGCAGAGCACACUACCUGAAAAUGAGAAAUUCUAUUUUGAUCUGUCCAGAAUUAUUGAUAGAAAUGCAAGGCAUGCUGAUGGAAUUUUCACCAGUGUCUACAGCCAUCUUUUGGCUAAACUUGCUGUGAAGAGAUACAUGCAUUCGCUUAUUAGAAAACGAGUUAGCUCCCAGGACAGUCCUGUCAAACGCCACUCUGACGCUGUCUUCACUGACAACUACAGCCGCUUUCGAAAGCAGAUGGCUGUGAAGAAAUACUUAAACUCAGUCUUAACUGGAAAAAGAAGCCAGGAAGAGCUAAAUCCUGCUAAACUUCGAGAUGAAGCAGAACUUCUUGAACCAUCCUUUUCAGAAAACUACGAUUCUGUAGAUGAGCUGCUGAGCCACCUCCCACUGGACCUCUGAAGGACACCUGGUAAAGUCUGUGACAAGAACAAGCUAUUUUUGAGUUCCACAUAGUAUUUCAAAGAGAUGACUUUAGUCAUCAAACCAGAACAAAUAUGUUGUGAAGUGAAAGUUGUGAUAUAUUUGUUUCUUACGUAAUAAAAGUUGAUAUUUACAUUGUAAAUAUUACUCUAGAGUUCUCUACUGAAAGCUGUACAUAUGGAUGCCAGUUUAACUCAUGAGAAGUCUGUGAGUCCAUAUGCUGUAAAUCCUUUACUUCAAUAAAUUCAUUUGAAAAUGAGUGUGCAGCUGAAAAGAGCCCAUCAUGACUAAUUAAUUGGCUUAUUUUAGGUGUGUUACAACUUCAGACAAACGUGUAAUAACAAGGAAACAUUUCUAGAUAGCCUCAUAAAGAACAUGUAACAACAUGAGGAGAAGAAUGUCCAAAGUGUGUAAAACUGCUUUGCAAAGAUCUCUGAAAGUUAUUGCCAUGCAAAAGGGAAUGCUUUUCACCAAGCAACUAGAAAAAUGAAUAAGAAUUAAAAAUGUUUUGACCUCCAGCAGUAUCUUUACUUCUGGUUCACAUUUUUAAUAUUUCACAAUGUAAAAAUGAUAUUAAGACCAGAAAUAUCUCCUUUAUUUUCAGCUGUAUUUCAGAUGCUCUGGAGCUGGCAAAGCGCUAAAAGAAUGCAAUCUUUUGACUUGUUUGAUGCCUAAAGUCAUCAGUUAUUCUACAUUUAAUUGUCUGUAGCUUUGAUGAUGAAACUAUUGCUUAUAUAUAAAAUAGACCUGAAGACAGUUUACUAUUUUUUCAGAAUGAAUGUAAUUUACAGAUUAUGCAGACAAUAAAUAAUUUUAUUAUCAUGGCAAGCUA